AUGUCUGCAGCACUCAGGAAUGUCUGCAUCUCCUGUCUCCGGAGCACUCUUCGCUCCCGCCGCGCCGCCGCCCCCCCCGCCGUGCUACGGCUCCCCCGCCGCGCGCCCCUGCACACCACCCCGCGGCCGCUCUCCGCCGUAAACAUCACCCGCCAGCCCGUCGACGACGACAUCCUGGCCACGAUCGGCGCCUCGGUGCCCGUCGUGGAGCCGCUGUUCAAGCUCCCCCCCGCCGACAUCAUCACGCUGAAGGGGCACCUGGAGGCCGGCAGCCUCGCCGCGGCCUGCGACCACUUUAUGGGCAUCGACAUUGCCAUGCUGUCGGCCGAGGAGAUCAAGAUGGCCUAUGCGCAGCCAGAGACGUCCAUGGGCGACUAUGUGCCCGACACGGCGCUGCAGGCGGCGCUCGAGCAGCUUGUGGCUGCGCUGCUGGCCGCCGACUGGAGGGGCGAGGGCAUCCCGCACCCGCUCCGCCUGCUGGAGCGCAUGGAGAAGAUGGGCGUCUGCAAGACCGAGUACUACUCCAUGCUGCUCAUAGAGACCAUCCGCCGCCACAACAGCAAGGACGAGAUCCUGCCCGUGUUUGACCGCGCGGUGGGCUUCAGCGUCUUGAGGAACGACAUGCACGGCACGGUUCUUGAGACGAUGGAGCCAGACUCGGCCAAGAUAGACAUGGCCUCGCCGUACUUCUUCGCAUAUCUCGUGCUCACCUGCGGCCUCCGCGUCAUGGAGGAGUCCACGGUGCGCUACAACCGUGUGAUCCGCCACUCACCGUACCCGUCGCCGCACUACGCCCAGCGCUUCCUGGAGUACCACAAGUUCAGCCCCGAGGACACAACCCGCAUCAUGGGCCUGCUCGAAAAGUACGCCUCCGACACGCUCUUCACAAACUACUACACGCUCUCGCUCGAGAUCUCGCAGGCCAAGUCGCCCGAGGCCCUGCAGGAACUGUACACGCGCAUGGUCUCCACCAGCCCCCGCACCCCCGACGUCUACACCCGCUUCAUGACCGCCUUCUUCGAGCUCGGCCGCAACACCGAGGCAAUCACCUGCUGGGCCGACAUGACGCGCGCGGCCAUCAUCCCCACCGUCGUGCAGUGGAACGAGCUGCUCCGCGCCUACUCCCGCAGCCAGGACAAGCUCCCCAUCGAGCCCGUAUGGCAGAUGAUGCUCCGCUCGGGCUGCAAGCCCGACCACCACUGCUGGACAACCCGCAUCCACGCCCUCCUGGAGAACAAGAAGAUCGCCGCGGGCCUCGCGGCCCUCCGCGAGAUGCAGGCCUCCGGAACAACCCCCACCACAGCGACCAUAAACGCUACCCUCGACGGCCUCCUCAAGCACAGCUACAUCAACGAGGCCAUGGCCGUCAUGGACACUGCCAGCCGCCUCGGCAUCGAGAAGGACCUCGUCACCUACAACACCAUCCUCAAGACGCUCAUGAAACGCCAAAAGACCGACACCAGAACCUUCAACACCAUCCUCGCCCUCACGCGCGAGAUGCAGGCCUCCGGCAUCGUCCCCGACAUCACAACCGUCACCCUCAUCCUCGACGGCAUGUACAAAUACGCCACGCCCGCGCCCAAGCUCGAGGCCGUCCUCGGCAUCCUGCAGUACGUCGAGGAUGCCGGCAUCAUCAUCAACAUCGUCACCUUUACCACCAUCCUGCACGCGCUCCUCAAGGAGGGCAACGAGCCCGCGGCGAUGGGCAUCCUCGGCAUCAUGGAGGACCGCGGCAUCGUCGGCAACAGCACGACGUACACGGUGCUGCUGCAGCACUAUUUUACGCGCGGGGAUGUCGUGUCGGCGGAGCGUGUGAUUGCCGAGAUGGAGGCGAAGAGGGUGCCCGCGGAUGCGAGGGUGUAUCGCGAGAUUGUGCUGGGGUUUGCGAAUGCGCGGGAGGCGCGGAAGAUGCAGCUUUGGUUGGGGAGGAUCAGGGACCGGCAUGUGGUACUGGGGCUGCUGGCCUAUAUGAGUUUUCUGCGGGCGAUGGAGAGGAAGGAGUUGCUGCUUGAGGCAAAGAACUUGGUGGCGGAGUUGAUGGAGAGGGGGAUGGUGGGUGGCGGCGGGGAGGGGAGGGUGAAUGAGAGAGAGUUCUGGGACGUUGUGAGGGAGAUGGCGGGCGGAGCGGUGUUUAGGGAGUUGGAGAAGGAGGGAAGGGUGGCGGAGUAG